UCGAUGGCCAAUUCCGAUCCCGAUUCGCCUGUGGUCUCAAUUCUAUUCCUUGGCGAUGCUGGAUGUGGAAAGUCUACGUUCUUCUCGCGGAUAAGCCAAGGCGCCGUGGGACAACAGGCCGACAGACGCAUUGCGCCUCUUCGUGAUGGCGACCAACCGUUUGUUUAUGAUAUAAAGUUCUGCAAUCGCCCGUUUCGCUUUCGACUUUACGACACCGCAAGCCCUGAAAACUGGAAGCUCCUGCGACCCGACGUAGUAGUGCUGUGCUUUGAUGUGAGCCAGAGGUUGAGUAUGAUCCACAUGCAGAGAUAUUGGAUCAAUGAGACUAUCAAGUCAUUUAUGCAGGAACGGGAGCUUCCAAUUAUCGUGCUUGGCUUGAAGCGCGAUUUGCGUAGCGAGGAAGACCCGAACGGGAUCAUAUAUCCCCAGGAAGCAUAUAGAAUUGCCCAAGAGAUGAGAUGUGAUAAGUAUAUGGAGUGCUCAGCAGUCACAGGCGAGCUUUUAAAGGAAGCUUGGGAAGAUAUCUGCAAGACUGGGGCACAGACAACGAACAAAGUAGAUGGGCUGCAAGGUCUCAGUGAGGGCGGAUGCUUGAUAAUGUAAAGAACC